AUGUCGGGGCCUUCCUUGGAGCCCACCGGCCCGGUAAAAGCUAGCGCGGCCGGUGGCUCCCGCUCUCGUCGGAAACUCCUCACCGCAGAAGAGGCGGAGUUGUUUGAGCUGGCGCAGGCGGCGGGAACCAACAUCGACCCGGAAGUGUUCAAGAUCCUGCUGGACCUUCUGCGGAUGAACGUGGCGCCCACGGCGGUUUUCCAGAUGCUGCGAUCCAUGUGCGCCGGGCAGAGACUCGCCGCCGAGGGCGCUCCGGAGCCGGCCCGAGAGCCCCCAUUUGUCUCUGCCAAGACCAGUAAAAUCCCUGCACCUCUCUCACUUUCCUCUGCCCUUCGACCUCCGAGAAUAAGAGUCACUAAGGCUGGGGUCUACAGUCCCGCUGCGGCUUGCUCGCCUCUCUCUCAAGGUCCCCCUGGCUCUUUCCAGUUUUCUUGCUGCCUGUUCUCUCCUUUUGCAGGGAGAACCAGAACCGGUUCUGCAGCAGCCGGGCCCCAAACCCUGUCGGAUCACAGCAGCCGGGAAGGAUCCAGCCAACGAGUACCUCGGCAGCCAAGUGCCAGCCGGCUGCAGAAGACCGGGAAAAGCACAUAGACGUUUGGAAAGAGAAGGGCAGAAAGGUGCCUAGCUCUAGGAUCACGGUG